AUGGCUGGUGUUAUUCAGUUCGGAGACGCGAUCAAGUUUGCUGAGAUUGCCUGGACCGUUUGGCAAUAUGGAUGGGCAGACGCGAACAACGCAGGCAAGAACUAUCUUGACUUUGGUGCCGACGUCCUCACACUCCACAGCAGCCUCAAGCACCUUGAGAACGCUGUCACAAGGGCUCAGCAGUCUCUCCAUAGCCAUGGGGUGUGGGACAAUGACAGCCUAUGUGGUGAUCAGGACUCGUUAAUGGAAGUCGUUGGAGAUUACAAUGCCACUCUGGAAGAAUGCUAUCAGCUCCUCAAAGAUAAUGAGCGUUACGCCCAGACGACCGGCCCUAUCAAGAACAUUAAUUGGAAUCUGAGUAUCAUGCCCGAGGUCGAACGCCUGAGAGGUAGGAUCCAGAUGCACACCUCUCGCAUCCAACAUGUUCUCAAGCCCUUCGAGAUGUGA